AUGACAAAUGACUCUGCAGGAAUAGCCGGAAGUACGUUACUGUGGUUUGCCAACGAGAGAGAGGUAGAAAUUUACUUGCCCGCGAUGCUUUUUGCUGGCUCCAUGAUGGUGCUCGGACUGGUAGGCAAUGGGUUUGUGUUCUAUGCUUACGGCUAUCGGUUCAAGAAGACGUGUGCUAAUGUAUACAUAUACUGGUUGUCUGUGUUUGACCUCGUGUGCUGUGUGGUCAGCAUUCCUUUUGAGAUAUUUCAGAUCCGUUUUCCUCUGAUGUAUGGAGACGUCAUCCCGUGUAAACUCAUCCGGACGGUAGCCAUGGUGGCGUAUGUGUCGGAAGGUCUUCUGUUGUUAUGUAUAUCCCUGGAUCGGUACUACAAGAUAUGUCACCCAAUGAGGACCUUUCUGAUUCAUUCUCCACACAGGAAUAUCUUCUACACCUUCAUUCUGGCGCUCUGUAUUUCUUGGCCGACCGCCUUUGUCUAUGGAACCAUGACAAUCAAGAUGGCGGCGCCGGGGAUCGUAGCAACAACAUGUUCCAUUGAUGAUUCGCUUGGCGAAUUGUUCCCUGGAUUGUACUAUGGUUUCCUCCUCUUUAUCGUCGUCGGGGGAUUCUUUCUGCUCCUGUUCGUCUAUAUACGCAUUGUACGGGUCGUCUACCACUGGUCUAGACACAAUCUGGGGGAGUCUACAAGAGUUCUUGCGAAGGAUAGAGUGAAUGCACACAGCAAUUCGUCUAAAAUAAACAGAAACCAGAAUACUGGCGAGGUGUUUAUGACUGUGAGAUCAAUCAAUUGUUCAGAACGACACUCACAACAAAUGGCAAACUUUGUGGAAACCAAUAGUCCGAAACGCUUAAUAAAUGUGGAUCAUGAUCAAACCAUAGAAGAACACGGAACUACCAGUAACAAUUUGACCGAGUGUGAAUCCUCGACGUCACCGGAAGAAAUGUCAGGAGGGAACAAUGAGCAGCCAAAGCAGCUAGAUUUAAAAAGGCACGCAAAUAUCUCAAAAACUACCUUUAUAUUCAUAGUAGUAACUGCUAGUUUCGUAUUCAGUUAUGUCCCUUAUCUCGCCACCGAGAUUAUCCUCAAGUGUAACAUAGUGGACUUCCGGAAGCAGAGCAUCCGCGUUCAGCAGUUGAUAGAGGUUGCCGUGAAGACUUAUUGCAUAAACAACGCUUCCAAUCCUAUCAUAUACAGCAUCUUUAACCGAGACUUCCGAAAGGAAUGUUGUCGUCUCUUCUGCCGCCAAAGGGGACCAGUUCGCUAUAUGUUGUCGGUGCAAAGGCGACCUGUGUGCAACACCGGAAGUGUGCCAAUAGCAAGUGAUAGUUAG